GAAACCAUCCGCUAGCAGACUUCCGUUAUAACGCAGCGAAGCGCUCGCAAACCUCAAUUCAAGCUUCCCCAAGCAACUGCAACGCUCUCUCUCUCUUCCCUCUUCCUCCGUACUUCUCUGCAAAACCCUAGUUUCUGCUUUGUGGCCUCUCUUUUGCAACGCGCAAUGGCUCCUCGUGCCGCGAAAAACGACGAAGAUGACCUCUCCUCCGGCGAAGACGAUGACGGUUUCAAGGAGGACAUGGAAGCCCUCGCACGAGCCUGCAUGAUCGCCGGCACUAACCCCGAUGGUAUUAAACCAUCUUCUACUGUCGCUCCCGACGAUGAUUAUAAUGCAGACGCGGUGGUUCCCAAAGCAUCGGACCCGCUGUUGGGCCCCGGCGAUGCUCUCGUCCCCGUGUCAGACUCUGACGACGAGCAGAGGGACCUUCAGUAUCUCAAAAGAGUGCAGGAGCUUUACCAGCCUUCGUCAUUCAAGCCAUUGAAAAUUCUUCCGGCGCUUUCUUUGUCUGAUGAUGAUGAAGAUGACAUGGAAACCCUCCGUGCCAUUAUGAGACGCUUUUCUGCUUAUGAAAGAGCAGGCCCUGAUGAAGAUAAUGUGGAUAAAAUGGCUGAGGGAGCUCAUACCUCAGGUCUAGGCUCUGAGGAGGAAUUUGAUAACAGCGUGGCAUCUAAGGGAUUAGAUCCCGGUGAAUCAUGCCCUGUUUCUCAGGAUGCUAUUAAGACCACCAGUUUAUUAACUACUGCUGAAGUUGAGAGACAUCCUUGUAACAUCAAUGAAAGGUGUGAACCCAAGGCUUGCAAGCCAUCCAAGUUACUGGACAAAAGAUCAAGAUUUCCUUUGUCUGCUCAGGUUUUUAUUGAUGCAAUCAAGAAGAAUAGAUCUUUCCAGAAGUUACUGCGAAGUAAGUUGAUUCAGAUGGAAGCAAAAAUUCAAGAAAACAAACAGUUAAGGGAAAGAGUUAAACUUCUUAAAGAUUUUCAGGUUUCAUGCAUAAGAAGAACAGGGCAAGCUAUAUCACUGAAAAAGGAUCCCCGCAUACUGUUAAUAUCAGCAAAAAAGUCUACUGCUUCAAGUACCACAAAGAUAUCUCCAAUGUGUUAUGGCCCAGCUGAGAAUGCUCAUGUUGCUAAAUAUAGGAUGGUGUUGGAACGAUCUCCAUUCUCAUUGGAUCGGAAAAAGUGGUCUAGUGUGGAGAGGGAGAAUCUUGCUAAGGGAAUAAAGCAACAAUUUCAAGAAAUUUUGCUUCAAAUGUCAAUAAAUCAAGACAGUUCAGAGUGGUCGUGUGGAUAUGCAAAUAACUUUGAUAACAUGCUUGUAUCUAUUAAAGAUCUUGAGAUUACGCCAGAGAACAUCAGAAAGUUUCUGCCUGAAUUCAAUUGGGAUCAGUUGGCUUCCAAGUAUGUUACUGGUCGUACUGGUGCAGAAUGUGAAGCAAGGUGGUUAAAUUGUGAAGAUCCAUUGAUCAAUCAUAGUCCAUGGACAGUGAGGGAGGACAAGUUGCUUUUGCAUAUAAUCCAAGAGAUUGGCAAUAGGGACUGGUUUAAAAUUGCUGCAUUGCUGAACACAAAUAGGACCCCAUUUCAGUGCUUGGCACGAUACCAAAGGAGUUUAAAUCCUGCCAUGCUAAAUAGUGAAUGGACUGAGGAAGAAGAUGCUCAACUUUGUUAUGCUGUCUCAAUUUUUGGUGUCAGCAAUUGGCAGUCUGUUGCUUCUGUUUUAGAACGAAGGACGGGAACUCAAUGCUCUAAUAGAUGGAAGAAGUCACUCUGUCCUGAUAGGAAAGGGAGCUUUACUGCAGAAGAAGAUGAGCGCUUAACAGUGGCCGUCCAUCUCUUUGGACGGAAAUGGAAUCAGAUAGAAUUUGUUCCUGGCCGGACCCAAGCUCAGUGCAGAGACAGAUACGUCAAUAGUUUGGAUCCCUCCUUGAAAUGGGGUGGAUGGACUAAGGAAGAAGAUUCAAGGUUGAAAAAAGCAAUUGCCAAACAUGGAUUCUUCUGGUCAAAGGUUGCUGCAGAUGUGCCUCCACGAACUGACAGUCAAUGCAGGAAGAGAUGGCGGGUUCUAUGUCCUGACCAAGUCCCUAUGCUUCAAGAAGCUAGAAAGAUGCAAAAAUCUGCUUUAAUCAGUAACUUUGUUGAUCGGGAGUCUGAACGGCCGUGCCUUUCUCUAAAUGAUUUUCUUCCCUUGGCAAUGAUAGAUCCACCACCUGAUCCAGAUGCUGUGUGAGCCUCCCUCAGAAGCGGAAGAGCAAGUCAAGCAAUGCUUCCAAGAAGAAGAGGCCCCAAAAACGUGCAAAAAAGGCUCAAAGUUGUCUCAAGAAGGCACAGGUUGACAAGGUUGAGCCUUGUAGUGGGCAUGGUGUCCACAAGCCAAAAUUAUUGGAUCGCAUUUGGAGGACAAUUCUGUUGAAGCAGUGUAUGAUCAUUCCCCACUGGACUCGGUUGUGAUGACAACAAAUUACCAAGAGGAUUUAGGUGGGCAUAAUAAUAUCAAUAAGCUAAUGGAGUCAAAUCAAAUGUGGAAGGGUUUUAAUGAAUUACAUAACGAGAGCCAUACUUGUGCAGGGACUACAGAUGGGCAAUCUGAGAAAAAUCUCUCCAUGAACCCAUCAAAACACCAAACUGGAAGAAACUCAAUGCUCUCUGCAAAUAUAUCUGAUGGUGCAGCUGUAGGUCGCAAGGUGCCAGAAAUACUACUUCAAAGAAGGAAAGAAAGAAGACAGGGAAACGCAAUGGAAUGGUUAGUGUUGAAACGGCAGAGGACCACCUGGUUAAGUAUAAAAUGCCAAAACCUGGAAGCAUAUCUUCUAUGCAGAUUUUAGAAAGUCAGGAUGAAGACAAUAUAACUCUUGCUAGAUUUAUACGCAAUAUAUCAAACAAACAGUUUAAAAAUACCGAUCAAAUGACUCAGGCUGCUUCCUAUGCUAGUAGUUUCGUAAAAAAAAUCACGGAGAUCUCGUCGGGCUGCCAAAAGAACUUGUGAUUACAUGCCUUUUAGUUUGAAGAAGGGACAUGAAUUGCUUUCUGAAGAAGUGCGCCACGGUCAUGACAGAAACCAAGAAAUGUCGUUCAUGCAAGACAAGAAUUUAGAUGAAGGUUGUAUUGAUGUUACACCAGGGACUCUAUUGGUCCACAAUCAUUCUUCCAAUUUGAAGAACAUGUCAAUCAUUGAAGCUGAUGACAAUGGGAAGGCAAUGUCAGAGCUAGUCUGCGAGCAGACUAUGUUUUUGGAUGGUGCUAUGGAACCCAAAAACAUUGGAGAGAAUGUGCCUACUGAUGUUACCCUUGCUUCUUUUCUGAAAAAGAAGAAAAUCAAGAAGGGCAAGGCAAUAUCAGAGCCAGUUGAUGAGCAAGCUAUAGAUUUGAAUUUUUUGACAGAAGCGGAAAACACGAGGGGUGGAGAGGAUGGGUCUCUCAACGUUACUCUUGCUUCCUUGCUGAAAAAGAAAGGAAGGAGAGAGGGUAGAACAACCAAACGGAGCAUUCGUCCCUCAUAAUGUAGCUAUAAGAUAAAAUGGUCGAUUUGAUGCUGGCUGGCUGUGAUUGGUUUGUGCCGAGGUCAUGUUUUGGUCGAAGACUGCCCCGUUGUAUUUUUUUUUUUUUUUUUUUGGGGGGUUGGAAAACAAAGAGGGUUGGAAGUAGCUGUACUUGAAAAGUAGUGAGAAGUUGCAAGCCUGGGCUGAUGAGGCAUGAUUCUUUGUGAUUUCAACAUAUUGGCAAUUGCCAUUAGUUCUCUUUGCUGACAGUUUUGCUGAGCCAAGGCCUGUGUAGCAUGGAGACAGUUUUCGGCCUGGCACAAUGAAGGUUUCAUUGUCGGAUGUACUUAAUGCCAUAGAAUAUAUAUAUAUAUAUAUAGUGAAAUUUUAUGACAAUUUUUAUGUCUAUAAAACUUUUCUUGAGCGGUAUCCAAAUAAAUCAUGUGAUUUCAUUAA